AUGUUGCAACCUUCUCGAAAAGCAGCUAAUGGUCUCCUUGUUCUUUCUCUCACAUGCCUUGUUGUAAUGGUGAUAUUGGUGGUUUGUGGGAUUCCUUACUCAGCCGUCCUGGGUGACAGGACUUGCUUUGGAGUCUCUUCAUCUGAUAUUUCAGUGUGUGGAGGAAAGGGUCUGUGUGGAAGCAAUGACAGUUGCACUUGCUUUGAUUUUUCACCCAACAAUACACUUUAUUCACACCCAAACACUGCAGGAUAUUCGAACUCUCUUUCUUCGACAGGUAUUCCUCGUUCAAUGCUUGUUUCUACAGAUGAGACGCUCAUGAUCGUCAUACGAAAAGAUGGCCUUUUAAUCAAAGAUGAAUUUGAAGAAGAUUAUUUGAUAAGUUCGAAUGACGCAAAUGGUCAAGUUUUUGACGAACUUAUUCUCAAUACAGAUGGAUCGCUUGAACUGAAAGGACCAGGGUUUAAUCUCGCCAUUUUUGAUCCAUGUAUAGGAGGAACACCUCCCUAUCGGUUGAUUCUAGGAGAUACACAUUUUACCAUCUAUGAUUCGUUGAUGAACAUAUGUCAAACAAGUUUGGAUGAUGAACUCCCCAUAAGUGUGAAUGUGAAAUAUGGUGGUCCUCAAUGUUCAGAACCCAUCUGCUAUGGAAUUAAUGGAGGAAACUCAAGUGCUUGCGAAGGACAUGGUAGUUGCUCAGAACCAAACUCUUGCUCGUGUUUCACUGGAUACUAUGGAGAGAAGUGUCAAUAUUUUAGAUGCAAUGGAAUUCCUUCUGACUCCCCAUUGGCCUGUUCAUCGAAUGGCAAUUGCACAGCUCUAAAUCAGUGUGACUGUUUUGAGGGAUUCUUUGGCUCCCAAUGCCAAAACUUUCAAUGUUUUAAUGUUUCCAACAUCAAUGAGACUGUAUGUUCUGGACAUGGCACCUGUGUAAAAACAAAUCAAUGCAAUUGCACUCCAUCCAAUCAGUAUUUUGGAGAACAGUGUGAAAUAACAUCGUGUUUUUCAAUCAUGUCCAAUUCCACCAACCCAAAACCAUGUUCUGGCCAUGGCAAGUGUUUUGCAUUUAACAAUUGUUCCUGUGACUCUUCUGACUAUUUUGGUUCACAAUGUGAUCAGUUCAAUUGCUUUAACAUUCAUAAGGACAGUAGCUCGGUAUGUAGUGAAAAAGGAACCUGUACAGGUCCCAAUCGUUGCACUUGUUUGAAUGGCUAUUAUGGAGAUCGAUGUCAAUUCUUUGAUUGCUAUGGAACACUCUUUUCGAAUGAAUCUGCAUGUAGUGGCCAGGGAACCUGUUCAGGUCCAAAUCAUUGCACUUGUUUGAAUGGCUAUUAUGGAGAUCGAUGUCAAUUCUUUGAUUGCUAUGGAACACUCUUUUCGAAUGAAUCUACAUGUAGUGGAAAAGGAACUUGUACAGACCCCAAUCAUUGCAUUUGUGUGAAUGUGGCUUACGGAGCCUGUCCAUCGCCAAACAGUUGUAGUUGUCUACCAAAUUAUUGGGGAGAAAAAUGUCAAGAAUUCCAAUGUUUUGGUAUUCAUCUGAACUCUUCUUCUGUUUGUAAUGGAAAGGGACGUUGUAUUGAUUAUAAUAUUUGCAGUUGUAUCACUGGCUUUGAAGGAGUCGACUGCUCUGUGAAUUCGAACUCGAUAUCCUUAUUUGCUGAAAAAACAGAAUACUUUAUUUCGAGUAGAAACAAAACAAUUGUAUGGAAUGGUCAUGUCAUCAUUGACAACACGACAGAAGUCCUGAAUGAAACUAUUGUUCUCAUGAUUCAGUGUAUGAAUUGUACUGGCACACACGAAAUUACAACUCUAGUCAGUACUCUCUCGAACAAAGAUACAAAGAUAUUCAAUCUCUCCUUGUUUAACAUUUCAACUGCUGGGAGGUAUAGAUUUGUCAUGAAUGCAACUCUCUUCAACAACUAUUCAUCUUAUAGAUAUUGGAAGACAAGAAUUGUCGAAUUUUAUGUCACCUUUUUAGGAGAUCCAACACUAGUCCUGUAUGGUUUACCUCAUGCAUUGGUCGCAAAUGUCGAACAAUCUUUUCAGGUCAUACUUUCAGGUGUGAAAUUUCCUCAAAGAUGUGAAGAAAUUCCCAACCAUUUCCUUGGAACGAACAAGGUAAUGAAUAAUGCCUCACAGUUGGUUUCAUUCUCAUUAGAACUUUUAGACUUUUCGAAUAAUGAAACUCAAUGUUCGACCUCUGGAAAGACAUUUGCUUCUGGAACUCUUCUUGAAGAAGGAUCUUACACAACUUCGAUGCUUUCUCCGGUCAUUGUAUUGCAAUGUACCUUGGUGUCUAAAGGAGCAUCCAUGUCACCACUCUCUCUGAAGGUUGUGCUCACCAACGAUAUGGAUACGGCAGAUACUCUACAGUUCAGUUAUGACAUACCAUUGCUAAAAUUUGCUUUCGGAUUUGUUUGGAAGGAUUCACAGACUUCAAAGAAUGCCAGAUUGACACCUUUUUCACUUCAGUAUGAAAAUGUCACAUUCGCUCUACCAUUUACUUUCUAUCAAGGAUCAAACCUUAAAGAACUAUUAGAUAUUGUAGUAUUUAUGCGAGAUGCUUUCUCCAAUGAAUACCCUCAAAUUAUUGGUCAAGUGGAGAUUUACCCAAACACCAACGUCAACAAUUUGGCUGAGAAAGUGAAAAAUAAUAAGAUUUUGGCAUUGGCUGCCACAUAUGAUCGUUCAAUUCUCUCCUCUCAAACAUCCAGCAAUGCUUCUCUUGAAAUCACCCUUUACGCUCUUCAACAGUUAAACCUCUCCGCUCUUAAUAAGGAUAAUUCAGAAUCCUUACAAUCACUAACACUUCUUUCAGAACAAACCUUAAUAGAGCAUCGCAUUGCUUCUGCAAUCACUGAUAAGCUUGAUCAAUUCCUAAGUGAAAUGAAACAAGUCUAUACGAAUGAAAAGAUGAAUUUGGGUUUUGUUCAAAACAAGGCAGAUAAGGAUUUACAAUCUACUCUCGAACUCGUGUCCAAUUUAAUGAAGAAUGGAUUUUUCAAGGAUGAAAUUGUAGAACUUUGUCAACAAAUUUCAACCAUUGCACAAAUUGGAGAGAACCCAACAUUGCUCCGUUCUGAUUCUUCAAACAUACCAAAGUUUUUAUUCUCUGAACUUGUGAACAUUUCAGUGAUGAGCUUCAUACCGGAUGUUUCUCUUCAAAAUUAUUCAAAGAAUACAUUCCUGCAAGAUGUAGAGUUCAAUAUUCCAAAUAUUCUCUCAAAAUAUCAUGGUUUCUCCCAGGAAAUUGGCAUCAAGUUGGUCUCCUUUGAAGAGGGAGUGAAAACUCUCCAACACGACCAAAAUCAACUCAUUUCACCAGUGAAAGAUUUCUCCUUCUCAAGGAAUAUGAAAGAUCUUGAUUUACGGGAUUUGUCAGAGCCAGUAGUGUUAUCCUUUACCAUUCAAAAUCAAGCAUUGGAUCUCAAUAUUUCACAACUGUCAUGUCGAUAUUGGAAUGAAACGACCGAAUCAUGGAAAACGAAUGGAUGCGUGCUGCUGAAGGUGGUGAAUGAACCUCGUCAAGUAUUUUGCUCGUGCAAUCACACGACCAUGUUCUCUGUGUUCUUGCAUCAUGACAAUUCCUCGAUUAUGGAAGAACCUAUUCGACAAGAAUUCUUGGCGACAUUAUUUAUUGGACAAAUAACAGUGGGAGCUGUGUAUUUCCUUGUUUCAUUAGUAAUACUGAUUGCACUAUUCAUCUUUCGAUCGGAACAACCUGUCAAGAGUCGAUUAUUCACUCCCUAUGUUGGAAUGAUCAGCUUGAUGAUUCAAAGUAUUUUAAUUUCUAUGACUCAGAAAGGAGUUCUAUUGUCAACCGUGCAAGAGAACAUUUCAACUCAAUCAAGUGUUGCAAAGUGGGAGGGCCCAUUACAAAGCGCCAAUAUUCUUGGUAAUGUAGUCAUGAUUAUUUCAAAUACUUUUAGCAUUACUGCCAUUGUGUUUUAUUUGCUUCAAGUGAGACUCGAUUCCAAUUAUUGA